AUGGAUCCAGCUCAUUUUAUUAAUGAAUUCCAUCGAUUAAAUUUAACAACAAGAUUACCAAAUUAUGGUUACAUUUAUUACGCUGGUCUUUAUUCCUCGAAUUCAUUUAUUCUAGAAAUUAUACUUUCCUUAAUAUGUGUCGGCGGUAUUACGUCAAAUAUACUUUUAUUUCUUGCUCAUAUAUGCGCGAUACUGUAUGGCAAAAAGCAUCUGUAUCAAGUGCCUUCUCCAAUAUAUCUACAAAAAGUGUAUAAAUGUCCUUUAUAUCGUCGAUGUAUGCGUUGGUCAUAUUCAGCAGUUUGUAAAUGGCCAUUAUCGUGUAUUACAUCACGAGUUGUUUCGUGCAUGCAAUGUUUAUUAUGUAAUGUAUGCAAAAGGAAUAUCAAUAUGACAACAAUGAAAUCAACAGCAACAUCAACAUCAAUUCCUUCAGCUAACAGUAAUAAUAAUAAUAAUAUCUCUCAAAGCACAUUAAUUCAAUUACCAACAGAUAACAGUGUGCUAAAUUGUAGUAAUAAUAAUAAUAUUAAUAAUAAUAACAUUAUGAUUGAUAUGAAAUCUGAAGUGCUUUGGCCCGGUGUUUCAAUUUUGAAACCUUUAUCUGGUAAAGACCCAAAUCUAGAAAAGAAUUUGUUAUCAUUCUUUGAAAUGGAUUAUCCUACAUAUGAAUUAUUAUUUUGUAUAUCAGAUAAAGAAGAUCCAGCUUAUGAACUUGUUGAAAGAUUGAUUACACAACAUCCACACAUUGAUGCACAACUCAUUUUAGCUAAAGAUCUAUUUGGUAUCAAUCCAAAGAUUAUUAAUUUGCAAGCUGGUUACGAGGCUUCAAAGUAUUCACUACUGUUAAUAUCAGAUUCGGGUUUAUGGAUGCGUUCAGAUACAUUGAUGGAUAUGGUAUCAUCGUUAGAAGAGGAUCCAAAAAUUGGUCUGAUUCAUCAAGUGCCUUACAUGAAACCAUACAGUGGAGUUUUAUCGUGUACAGAAGAUGAAAUAAAUAUUUUAUCCACUCAACAUUAUCCUAAACAUAUCAGCUUUAAUGAUAUUGAUGAAGGUGAAUAUGAAAGGACAGUGAGGAAUAGAACAACACCGACAAAUCUGGAAUAUGUACCUACAACCUGUGAACAACCAUCAUUUACAUGGGUUGUACAGUUAGUUUUCUUUUCAUGCUGGCAUGCAAAAAUUUACCUAGUUGCUUCAUUUUUGAAUAUGAACUGUGUAACUGGUAUGUCAUGUCUAUUGCGUAAGUGUUUAUUAGACGAUUCUGAUGGUUUUAAAAAAUUUGGUUAUUAUCUUGCUGAAGAUUACUUUAUUUCAAAGCAUAUAAGUAGUCGUGGUUGGAAGAUAUCUUUAUCUCAUCAACCCGCUUGGCAAAACUCACCAUCGCCCUGUUUGUACCAAUUCUAUAUGAGAAUAUUACGUUGGUCUCAGUUACGAAUGAGUAUGGUGUUUUUGGCCUUCUUAUUUGAACCAUUCACAAGAUGCCUACCGAAUGCUUUAUUGGGAUCAUUUUCAUUUGCUUACAUUUUCCCAAACUUUAUUGAUCCAGGCGUGUACUUUUUGUGUUAUAUUCUUGUAUGGUUUUUGUUAGAUUAUGUAUUAUUACGUCAAAUUUAUCCACCAGAAACUCCAAUAUGUAUUACAAAAUUAGAAUACCUUGUAGCUUGGUUAUUUUCUGAAAUAGUGGCUUUUCCACUGCAUUUAACCGCAACAUGUUUUCGUGAAGUAAGAUGGAGAGAUAAACGAUUUCGUAUACACUGGGGUGGGAUCUCUGAACGAAGUGAUCAACCAAACACGAUAUAA